CCCGCGCCGCGCCGCCGCCCGCCGGAUUUGAACGUCGCGGCUGGUCGGCGGCGGCGCCAUGGGAGCUCCGUCGUUGCCUCCGGCCUGGCAGCUGUACCUCAAGGACCACCGCCUCUCCACGUUCAAGAACUGGCCCUUCCUGGAGGGCUGCUCCUGUACCCCGGAGCGGAUGGCCGAGGCCGGCUUCAUCCACUGUCCCACCGAGAACGAGCCUGACUUGGCUCAGUGUUUCUUUUGUUUAAAGGAGCUGGAAGGAUGGGAGCCCGAUGACAACCCCAUAGAGGAGCAUAAGAAGCAUUCAUCUGGGUGUGCAUUCCUUUCUGUCAAGAAGCAGUUUGAAGAAUUAACCCUGGGUGAAUUUUUGAAGCUGGACAGAGAAAGAGCCAAGAACAAAAUUGCCAAGGAAGCUAAUAGCAAGCUAAAAGAAUUUGGAGAAGCUGCGGAGAAAGUCCGCAACGCCAUUGAGCAGAUGAAUGCCUUGGAGUGAGUGCCUGCCACACCACCUGACCCCACACAGCGACACGCCAUGUCCAGGCCUAUUCCUUUUCCAUGACACCGAAGGCCAGGAGGAUGGCAGCAUUAUGAAACUGGACAUUAUCUCUUUAGUUUUGCUUUUGCUGGGAAGUGGUGCCAGCGCCUCUGCCCGGAAGCCAGGCUCUUGGCUGCCCUGUCCACUUCCCUUGUGCUCUGUGGCUUUGCUGGGUGCUGGGUUAGCAGGUGAGGAAGAGGGCAGUGUCCUGUGGCUGGAGGCAGGGGGAGGGGUGCCCACAGAAGGAGUUUCUGGUCUUAGCAUUUGUUUCCAAUACGCCUGUUCUGUGAGCCUGGGUGGUGGGGUUAGCCGCUCACUCACUUGACUUUCUAAUGUGAAUUUUCCUAAGGAGGGCAACGGAAUAAAUUAAUCUUUAAAAAGUG